GGGAGCCCCUCGGGCCUGGGGGCGGGUGCUCGGGGGAGGGUCCGCCGCGCCAGUCGCCGCCGCCCAGAUCGCCACAGGCGGCGUCCUCCCGCCGCGCCUCCCCCGUCCCUCACCUUCGGGUCGCCGCGAUCUCCCCCGCGCUCGUGUCCCCUCCCGCGUAGUGCUUGCCUUUGUUCCAGGAAUAGCGCUCCAGGUUCCCGCUGCUGCCGCCGCCGGGCCUGGCUCUGGAGCGGCCGCCGCCCUCUCCCUCUCGGGCCAGCCCGGCCCCUCCCCUGCACACUUGGACUCGGUCGUGCGCUCCAGCUGCAAGCCGGGCUCCUGUUACACGCCGACAGACCACCCUCAGCCCGGCCACUGCCAACCGCCCGCCCUCUGCCAGACUCCCAGGCCCGCAUGCAGGUGCCCAGAGACCUGCGCUGCCGCUGCCGCCGCCAUCGCCACCGCCAUCCACCGCAUCCCGCCUACAGCCUGCAGCCUUCAGCGGUCUGGACUCGCCCGGGAGGUGUCUGA